UGCUCCGGCCCAGCAUGGCGACCCCGACCCAGAGCCCCACGAAGGCUACUGAGGAACCUGACCCAUUUUAUUAUGACUACAACACCGUGCAGACGGUGGGCAUGACUCUGGCUACCAUACUGUUCCUCCUAGGCAUUCUCAUCAUCAUCAGUAAGAAGGUGAAGUGCAGGAAGGCGGACUCCAGGUCGGAGAGCCCAACAUGCAAAUCCUGUAAGUCGGAGCUUCCCUCCUCAGGUGAGAGUGAGAAGGUGUGGUGAUGUGGAAGGAUGUUAGGUAGGACCAGAAGAGGAAUCCUUCAGAGGGGAGCGCCCGGGUGGGCCAGACAGUGGGACCACCCACAGAUGCCAUGGGGCAGUUCUCUGGGAGGCUGAGGAAGUCCUGUGGAUGCACAGUGUAUAAACCACAGGCAGGCAGUGGGAUGUGAAAUGUCCCAAAGAGUCCUCGAAGAUUCCCAGAAACAAAUAAGUGAGCCUUUAAACACGAGGACAAACUAAUUUCCCAGAGGAGAAAGCCACAAGCCAGGGAAGAGAAGGGCCCCGUGUGGGAGAAGGACUUUUGCCAGUCAGAGUGAGGUAAGAGUGGAACACUGGGAAAGACAGGAGGAGAGGACGCGUUCCAGAAUGUUCAGCUGGGCAGAUCUAGGGUGAAAUGACUGAGGGAAUGGGAGGGAGUGCUUCUGAAUAAUUAUAUCAAAAUAACAAAAAGAGAGCUGUAGAGCAUACAGAUUUAAAGAUUCGUGCUGGAAAAAAGAACAUAUGGGAUGCAGGGAGCAUGAGAAUGGAGAAGGCUGGGUAGUACAGGAGAAGGAUGGAGAGCCAGAGGAU